UUAACUAGUUUGAAAAUCAAAAAAGAAAACAAGUAAGAAAUGUCGACAGAAGUUCGGAAAAAGGCGGCAAGUAAUCAAGCCGUGCCCUAUGAUGACGAUUCAUUUGUGCAGCACUUCAAAAAGCGCGGAGCUCGCGAAAUAAUUGUUAUGGAUUCCACUGGUAAACCAUUGCGAUCCACUGUUAGCCAGAGGCGCACCUUAAUGCUAGCGUCACUGCUGCAGCCACUGGCCACAAUGGCACGCAAUGUGGUCAGAGAUUUGGAUCCCGCUAAUGAAGUGACCUUCAUGCGCAUACGCUCUGAAAUUCACGAGGUUCACAUGGCCAUAAACCCUGAAUUCAUAGUUGUGGUCGUACAGAAACUGAAGUUACGAAAACCGACAUAGAAAUAACAUAUAUGUAUACAUGUGUGUGUGUUUGUGUUUGUGUGUGUGUGUGUGUGGGCAAACAGUUUUGAAUGAAACCAUUUAAAUACAGCAGAGCGAUUGCAGUUUAGUGUUCUGCAAUUGUUUGAAGUGUUGGCGAU